AUUAAUCUCCAAAGUCUAUAUAUACACACACUAAAAAAAAUAAACUCAGCUAGCUUUAUGAGAAAUUAUCAUUGAAAAAUGGCUCAAUAUUAAAAUAUCAUUUUUUCAUUCAUUCUAAAGAGAAGUUAAGCUAAUAAUAUAAGCCUUGUUCAGUUUCAAACUGAAGAUGGAAGAAGCUCCACAAAGGUAUGCAGUUGUGACUGGAGCAAAUAAAGGAAUUGGAAUAGAAAUAGUAAGGCAAUUGGCUUCAAAUGGAGUGAAGGUUGUGUUGACUUCAAGAGAUGAGAAGAGAGGCCUUCAUGCUUUGGAAACCCUCAAAGAUCUCUCUGAUUUUGUGUUCUUUCACCAGCUUGAUGUUGCUGAUCCUGCAAGUGUUGCUUCUCUUGCACAUUUCAUCAAAUCCAAAUUUGGCAAACUUGAUAUUCUGGUUAACAAUGCAGGGAUUAAUGGACUUGUAAUUACAGACAACGAUUUAAUCCCUUCAGUAAUAGGGAGACCCCAGGAUUUAUCUGAAGAAGAACUAGAAAAAGCAAGGAUUGAAACAUAUGAAUUAGGCGAAGAAUGUUUGCAAAUAAAUUAUUACGGUUCUAAAAGAACGACGUAUAUCAAACAAAUGGGGCAAAGGGAUCUUAAGUGAUGCCGAAAACCUUACUGAAGAGAGAGUGGAUGUGGUGUUAAAUGAGUUUAUGAAAGAUUUCAAAGAAGGGUCAUUAAAAGACAAAGGCUGGCCUACGACUUUUGGUGCCUACACUCUCUCCAAAGCUGCUAUGAAUGCCUAUACAAGAAUUCUUGCCAAAAUGUUCCCUACUUUUUGCAUCAAUUGUCUUUGUCCUGGUUAUAUUAAGACUGAUAUCACUGCAAAUACUGGCUUUUAUACGGUGGAAGAAGGUGCUGCUAAUGUUGUGAGAUUAGCAUUACUUCCAAAUGGUAGUCCUUCUGGUCUUUUUUAUAACAGGAGUGAAGUGCAUUCCUAUUAAGUCAUAUACUAUUCUGCAUAGAUGAUCAUUACUUCUCGUUCAAGACUUUCGACAUGUAAUAAUUUACUCUUAUGUGACAUUGGGUAAUGUUUAUUUCGUUAAUAAAGUAAUAAAUUAUGAUGUUAUUUGCAAUUUAUAGAAUCUA